AGUGUGACCAACAUAUAAUAGAGGCUAUUUCGAUAGUUAUGAUCUGCACUAAAUAAUCGAAUUUCACUCAUUACAUGAUUGAUAACAAAACGUUAUCGCUUUUAAAACUUAAAUAUUUAGUAAUAUUUUCUGCAGCUAAAUUGUUCUACGGAUAUAUAUUUAUCAUAACGUAUAUUAAGUAAUUCAAUAUUGAUAAUAUAACCGUUCAAACAUAUGUAUUGAAAGUUGUCAAAUUUCAUAACAUUUAUUAUCAUCACAUUUUGUUUCCCAUUAUAGUGGCAAUUCUUGAUUGACAUAUUAAUUCGUAAAAUUAUAUUACUGCAUAAAAAAGUCCAUAUCAUUUAUCUUGGCCGAUAUAUUUUCGAAAAUUUAUAGUGUUUUAAAAUGGCAUGAAUCUGUUGGCUGCCUUUUUGUGUUCAAGUACGCAUUGCGCACGUCUAAUUAGAUGAAACAUGGCCGGCCGUAGCGGUUAUGACGAAAGGGACAACAGAGAUUUUGGUGGCGGAAGCCGAAGAGGCGGUGGUGGUACUGGAGGUGGUAAAAAGCCUCUUCCCACUGAACCACCAUUUACUGCUUACAUAGGUAACCUUCCAGCUGGAGUGAUCCAAGGCGAUAUAAAUCUUGUUUUUAACAAUUUAAAUGUCAAGAAUGUGAGACUCGUGAAAGAUAAAGAAACUGACAGGUUUAAAGGAUUCGGUUAUGUGGAAUUUGAAACUUUGGCAGAUUUGGAACAAGCCAUUGCAAUGAACGGGGCUGUAGAAGUAGACGGCAAUCUAGUUAAAAUUGAUGUUGCUGAUGGUAAAAGAAAUGAUAGAGGAGGAGGCUUUGAUAAAGGUGGUAGAGGAGGUAGAGGAAGAGGCGGAGGAGGAGGAUUUAGAGGAGGUGAUAGAUAUGGUAAUGACGAAUUUGAUGGACGGCCUCUUUCUAGAGGAAAUUUCAAUGAUAGAGAUAGAGGUGGUCAUCGAGGAAAUUAUGGCAACUUUGCAGGUGAUGAUGGACAUAGAGGUGAGUGGUCUUCUCAAAAUAGAGGUAGAGGUGGUGGCGGUCCCCCUAGCAGUGGUGGUCCUCCUAGUGGUGGAACGGGUAGUACUGGUGGAUUCGGUGGAAAUAGGUCGCGACCAGAUAGGAAAAGUUUUUCAGAAGAGCUUCCUAAUCCUGCCCCAGAUACAUCGGGUAGACAGAGAUUAAAAUUGCUACCAAGAACAGUAAAAGCACCAAUAAAUUCAACGGCAGAUACGGAACGAAGUGUAUCUAUAUUCGGUGCAGGUAAACCGAGAGAAGAAAAAGUCUCUACGGAUAGCAAAGAUGAUUAAUUUUGUGUGUGUCUCUUGUUUUCUUUUUAUUAAGUUAUUGUGAGAAUAAUUUUACAUUAAUGCAGAAUGUAAUCCUAAUAAAAGUAUGCGAGGGAAUUUUUAAAAAAGAACUUCUGUUCUACCAUUAUUAUUUUUUUUUGUUUCGAUUAGGUCUUUAAUAAAUGCCGAUUUAUCUGUUUAAUAUCUUGGAGAGAAAGUUUUAGUUAGCGCUUUUCAUGAGAACGUUCUAAUAGCUGCAUUUUACUGUUUUCUUUUUUUUUUCAUAAAGCAGGAGUUCCUUGUAUUUAAAAAAAAUCUAUAUAUGUUAAUAUAUAUUUUUUUCUUCUAUAGGCGAGACUCUCCCAAAACAUACUAGUUAUUAAUUAAGAGCGUUAUAUCGCAAUCACUUUAAAAUUAAGAACACAAGUGUGAUACAUCGAAUUUUUUUAUUUAAUUAAAUGUUGUUUGUUGAGAAAGUGUUAUUCUUUUUGGGGCAUUUUAUUAUUUUAAAUAUAAUUUUUGCUUUUAGUAAAGUUGAAACCUUAUUGAUUUUUUUGGAAACUAUUUCUAGCUUCCCAUUUAAUCAAAUUGUAUUAUACGAACAAAUAUGUUUUUUAUUAAACACUGUUCUUUGUCAAAUUUCUUACCUUCUUAUCCCUUAGCUUUUCAAAUUUUCUACUGUAGCUCUUAUUCUGCUUCGAAUUAUUUACUUCACUACUACUCCAGGAGUUCCUAUAUUAUCCUGUAAGGGCUUCUUCAAUCUUUCAAUCGAGAGAGGAUCUUCUCCAUAUUGUUUUUUGGCAUAUAUAUUUUCUUGCUUUUUUGGUUUAGUCUAUCCUGCAAUGGAUGAUUACUUCCACUUUUUCUAUUGUACUCUCUUGAAUUGGAUCAAUUCAAAGGACUAUUUUAAGUACUCACCCUUCAAGGGCUGUUCCUUAUGACAGCUUUUGUUUUUUCAUAUUCCAUAUUGCUCCAGGAUUUCCUCUACUGUCCCGUAGGGUGUAGGGGUUUUAUUCAUAGAGAUAAAAUCUUCUUCAUAUCGAUUUUAUGUUAUAUUUAGUUUUUAUUCUUCUGCGGUUUCUUCUCUCUUGAAUUAGUUGAUUAUUUCUGCCCUUUCUAUCGUAUUCUCUGGGAUUGGUUCAAUUAGAACUUCCACUAUGAUGAAGACUUUUGGAAAUUCUCUUUUUAUUCUGGCAGCUUUUGUUUUACUCCUCAAUAGUUUCUCCUCUUUACCAUUGUAUUAUAACUUCUUUUAUAACUAACAUAUUUCUCCAAGAGUUCCUCUAUUGUCCUGUAAGGGUCUUCUUAAUCUUUUGCUGAAAUAUAUUUCCUGAAUAAUUCUUCAAGUUCACGUCUCUUCUUUUGACCAUUUAUCCAAAAUGCAAAGACUUAUCCCAUAUUGUUCUGGAAGAUCCGGUAUGGGCUUUAACUCUUAGAGAGAGAGAGAGAGAGAGAGAGAGAGAGAGAGAGAGAGAGAGAGAGAGAGAGACUUCUUCUCCUUGUUUCCUUCGUUUCAGUAUUUCAAAACCCUUUCUCUUGUCACCUAUGGAUUACAAUAGAAGAUUGUAUCGUUUCUUUCAUAAUACCUGAUUUAAAUCAAUUCGGACGACUUGAUAUAGAUUUUACUUGAAUAUAUGGAGCAUUUUUUAAUUAUCUUCAAUAAAUUAAAGAUCGAUGAGGAUUAUUUCGGAAUACUUUGUUGUAUCUAACUAAAUUGACACUAUAAUCCGCUGUGGAUAGAAACCUAGUUAUUUCAAAAUAAUUCCCAAUAGCGUAAAAAGUUUCUAUCCACAUUUUUUUAAUAUUUCUAAUAAUAAAGUGUCAGUUUUAAUUUUACCAUCGUAUGGUCACUAUUAAUAAUAUUUGCUUCUGGUAUGUUUUGGUGAAGCUUCCAGUUAAAAGUUUAUUCUAAAAAAAUGUGUAUUUUGGUUAAAAGAUGGCAUUGUAAAAAGUCCGGAUACAGCUUCUGUAUCUUUUUUGUAUAUUAUUAAAUUUUUACAAUGCUACAGACGUCGUUUACACAUAUUGUGCGAACUACUGUCAUGUAUAAUAUAUUUAAAACAAAUAAACAUUGUCAAGUUCG